AAAUUGGUGAGAAUGUAGAAGAAGAUGUAUUGAAUGCUCUCGCUUCUUCGGUUACUCUUUGACUUCACCCCAAAUCUAUUGUUUUGUUUAAAUUUAGGAUCAAAACUAAUCAAAAAUGAUCAAUUUAUUCAAUGAAAGACGGCUGCGGCCAAUCUAUGAUUGUCUGGAUAAUGGAAAUUCCAAGAAAGCUCUACAGGAAGCUGACAAGUUAUUAAAAAAACACAAAGAUUUUCAAUGUGCAAAAGUGCUGAAAGGUCUAGCUUUAUUAAGGCUUGGUCAAACUAGCAAAGCUUGGAAUGUUUUACAAGAAGUUCAAAAAGAAGUGCCAACAGAUGACUGUACCCUUCAAGCCAUGGCUAUCUGUUAUCGAGAACUUAAUAGAUCGGAUCUCAUUGCAGAUGCAUACGAAAAUGCUUCUAAAAAAGACCCUACUAAUGAGGAUCUCAUGGUUGCAUUAUUCAUGGCGUAUGUGAAGAUCGGAAAUUUCAAGAAACAACAACAAACUGCUUUAAAUUUGUACAAAUUAAAGCAAAAAAAUUCAUAUUAUUUCUGGGCUAUAAUGAGUGUCUAUAUGCAAGCAAUCACCAAUCCAGAUAAAGAGAUGGCCAGUAAAAUGUUGCUUUCAUUGGCCCAGAAGAUGUGUAAAAAGUUUAUUGAUGAAGAUAAAGUAGAAUCGGAAGCUGAAGUGGAAUUGUAUCUCAUGAUAUUGGAGAAACAAGAAAAUUUUGAAGAAAUAUUGAAAGCUACGGAUGGUCCUCUUGCGCGACUACUGCCUAAUUAUUUAGACUUCUUAAGGCGACGGAAAGCAUAUCUUUAUUUGAAAACAUCACGUUAUCAAGAAGCUUUUGAAACUUUCCGAUCCCUAAUAGACAAUAAUGUUGACCAGCUUGAAUAUUACCAACAGCUUUACGAGGUUGCAUUUAAACUUGAACAAUUAGCCAUUAAUGUUCAUUCUUCUGCUGACCAAGUGCCCAAAAAUGAAGAUAAUCCCUUCAUAUUUAAAGUAAUCGAAACCAUCUCUAAAUAUUUAUAUAUCAAGAACGAAUCUAGUUCAAACGGAAAACAGAGUAGCAAGAAAAUUUCACACUCUAAGUAUCGAGCACCUUACAUCGCUAGAAUUGAACUCUACGAAACUCUAAAGGCAAGAUGUGAAAAUCACCCAUCUUACCAUUCCCUUUUAUCGACUAUCUCUGUGGAUUCAAUCAAAUUGUAUACCCAGUUUUUCACUCUUUUUGGACACAAAGAUGCCUCCUUUUUUGAUUUCUCAUACCUUUUCACCAAGUUUAACAAACCUAAAGCUGAUGUAUGCUCAAUUAUUGAUGCUAUCGAAGUUAUUCAUGGCCCAUUAUUGGAUAAAGAACCUACAACCCUAAAUGAAAUGUAUCGACUUCUAUGUUUUAUCAAGUUGAACUAUUUUGCUGGUAGAUAUAGCUCUAUGGAAGAUUUUGAUAAACAGAAACUUAUAGCGAGAUUGCUCGACCUAUACGACCAUAGUAUUCAAUUUGGAGUUGAUUUGCUGCCGAGUGAUUUCCAACCUCCAGAUCCUUUCGUACUUGUCAUUUCAUAUCUUUUGCUGAACGAAUCAAAUAUAAAGGACAAUUCAAAGUUACUUAAUCUUCUUAUCAUUUUGGAACGAUCUCUCAAAAAAAGUCCAUCCAACUAUAAUAGUAAAUUAGCCUUAAUCAAAAUUUAUAACGCUAUCGGAGCUUGUGGCUGUAGUAACCAAUGGUUUGAAUCAAUGGACAUCAAGCAUCUCCAAAUAGAUACUUUAGGUUACUUAAUUUCUGAUGCUUUGCUCCUAUGUGGACAUUUUUCUACUGCUUGUAAAAAAAUUACUAACGCAUCUAGAUUUUACUGUGCCAAUUACAAAGAUACUUUUGAUUUUCUCGUAUCUUUUUAUAAGAUAGGAAGUUUCACCAAAAUAGAAGAAAUUAUGAAAUUGAAAGAAAGAUUAAAUCUCUCUAUAAAUUAUUCAUCUGUAGAGCUCGAUAAAAUGGUUUUAGCUCUUAUUUUAGUCACGAAAAGUCCUGAUUCCUUUGCUCAAACUAUGAUGACAAUUGAUGUUGAUUUAGAUAAAAUUGAAAACGGUUUCGAUGACCGCUUGGAUAAUCGAGAUGUGGCAAUUUUUCGAGUUUUGGACAAUGAAACCAGUGAACAGUCUGAAAAAAAUCGUGAAAAAUGGUUUGACGAUCAACUCAAAUGGAUUAAACUUCGUCAUCUAUUACUCAAAACCAUAGUUGUCGGAUUUUGCAGUCUGGCUAAAUUAGAAUUGAAAGAUUUGAAUAAUGCUGGUUCAAGUGAAAUGAUAAAUUCUAACUCGAUUGGAGCCAAAUUUGAAGAAAGUGACUUUCCGAGUUUUACAAAAAAUUUGGAAAAACUUACAGCUUACUAUGAAACAUUAAAGACUAAACCAAUUUAUUUGGAAAUGUUUCCUUUGCAAGGACCUCAACCUUCCAGGAUUAAUUAUUAUUUGCAAAAAGACUACUUUGACAUUAUUCUCAAGAUCCUAAAUCAACUGAAAGUGGUUCAUGAAUCGAGCAAAGAGAAAGCAGUAUCUUGGGACGAUUCCUGGCUCAAUAUCUUGCAAUCCAUUAUCAACGACAUUUCUGUUUCUUUAAAAGUGUCUAAUUCAUUCUUUGAAUUGGGAAAAGUUUUGAAUGAUUUAUCAUUCAUUGUCGAAACAAUAUGUUUUGCUGUUAUAUUAUUAGGAUUUAUUAAUCUAUCAGUUAAAAAAGAUCUCCAAGAAUCCAAGAAAAAUAAGAAAAAGCGUAAUCUUGAAGUUUUGGCCAACAUAAGUGGAAUAGUAGAAAACUUCAACAAUGCUUUGAACGAAAUGAACACAUGCCUUGCGUUUUUACUCUCAACACUAGAUGAAAUGAAUUUAAAUCAUCUUAUCAAUGCACCUGUUGAUUAUGAUAUGUUCAAAAGCAAAGGCAUUUUCUUUCAACAACCAGACGUUUAUCACUCAACUCACAAGGAAAUAACGUCAAAGCUGGAACAAAGUUAUAAAAAGACUGCAAGCCAACUCCAUUCUACUAUUUCAAUGAAAAUGAAAUAUCUCAACUCUCUCAAAUUGUAACUAAAUAUAUUGAAAAUUUUACUGAACUCAUUUGUUAGCAUUAAAUCAGUUUAACGGUCUCUA